AUAAAUGGCUGGAAGCGCAAUUCAUUGACCCCUAAGACAACUAUUUUCCCUUGCCCUGGCUGUGAACAUAAUGUGGAUCUUGGAGAACGAGGAAUCAAUGGUCUGUUUCGAAAUUUCACUUUGGAAACUAUUGUCGAGAGAUACCGGCAGGCAGCUAGGGCAGCCACAGCCAUUAUGUGUGACCUUUGUAAACCACCACCUCAAGAAUCCACCAAAAGUUGCAUGGACUGUAGUGCAAGCUACUGCAAUGAAUGCUUCAAAAUUUAUCAUCCUUGGGGAACUGUAAAAGCUCAGCAUGAGUAUGUGGGCCCCACCACUAACUUUAGACCCAAGAUUUUAAUGUGCCCAGAACAUGAAACGGAGAGAAUAAACAUGUACUGUGAAUUAUGUAGGAGGCCAGUUUGUCAUCUCUGUAAGUUGGGUGGUAAUCAUUCCAACCACCGUGUAACCACAAUGAGCACUGCCUACAAAACCUUAAAGGAAAAACUUUCAAAGGAUAUUGAUUACCUUAUUGGUAAGGAGGGUCAGGUGAAGAGUCAAAUUUCUGAACUAAACUUGUUAAUGAAGGAGACAGAGUGCAAUGGAGAGAGGGCUAAAGAAGAAGCAAUUACACAUUUUGAAAAGCUGUUUGAAAUUCUAGAAGAGAGGAAAUCAUCUGUUCUGAGAGCAAUUGAUGCAUCUAAGAAACUAAGAUUGGACAAAUUUCAGACUCAAGUGGAAGAAUAUCAAGGACUUCUAGAGAACAAUGGGCUUGUGGGCUAUGCUCAGGAAGUGCUUAAGGAGACCGAUCAGUCUUGCUUUGUACAGACAGCGAAGCAGCUCCACCUAAGAAUACAUAAAGCUACAGAAUCUUUGAAGAGCUUUAGACCCGCAGCUCAGACAUCUUUUGAAGACUAUGUUGUUAACACAUCUAAACAAACAGAACUUCUUGGAGAAUUGUCAUUUUUCUCUAGUGGCAUAGAUGUGCCUGAAAUCAAUGAAGACCAGAGCAAAGUUUAUAACAAUGCCUUGAUAAAUUGGCACCAUCCAGAAAAGGACAAAGCUGACAGCUAUGUUCUUGAGUAUCGGAAGAUUAAUAAAGAUGAAGAAAUGAUGCCGUGGAAUGAGAUAGAAGUGUGUGGCACAAGUAAAGUUGUCUCUGAUCUUGAGGAAAACUGUCACUAUGCUUUCAGAGUGAGAGCUUACAAGGGUUCCAUCUGUAGUCCCUGUAGCAGAGAACUGAUUCUUCAUACUCCUCCAGCUCCAGUUUUCAGUUUCCUGUUUGAUGAAAAAUGUGGCUAUAAUAACGAACACCUCCUGCUGAACUUGAAGAGAGACCGGGUAGAGAGUAGAGCUGGAUUUAAUAUUCUGCUGGCCGCGGAACGUAUCCAAGUGGGUUAUUACACAAGCUUAGACUAUAUCAUUGGAGACAUUGGAAUUACAAAAGGAAAACACUUUUGGGCCUUCCGUGUGGAGCCAUAUUCAUACUUGGUGAAAGUGGGAGUCGCUUCCAGUGAUAAACUACAAGAAUGGCUCCAUUCUCCCCGGGAUGCAGUUAGUCCAAGAUAUGAGCAAGACAGUGGGCAUGACAGCGGAAGUGAAGAUGCCUGUUUUGAUUCUUCACAACCUUUUACAUUAGUUACUGUAGGCAUGAAGAAAUUUUUUAUACCCAAGUCACCUACUUCUAAUGAACCUGAAAAUAGAGUUCUUCCCAUGCCAACAAGUAUAGGGAUUUUCCUGGACUAUGAUAAAGGCAGAGUGAGCUUCUAUGAUAUGGAUCAUAUGAAGUGCCUUUACGAGCGCCAGGUGGACUGUUCUCAUACGAUGUAUCCAGCAUUCGCAUUAAUGGGCAGUGGAGGAAUUCAGCUUGAAGAACCCAUCACAGCAAAGUACCUGGACUACCAUGAGGACAUGUAGUUGAAACAUCCAGUGUGACUGGGAUGGAAAAUGUUAACAAAGCAAUGCCUUGAUGUUAGCCUUUGUAACUAAUUAGACACCACCCAAGACUUGGUCACACAUUUGUUUGCAGUGCCUGAAUCUUCUUAAAAGACGGAAAAUCUAAACAG